AUGUCUCAAUUAACCUCUAGAUUGUUAAAGGGAUCAGCAUCUACCUUUUUGCGUAAUAAUCCAUCGAUGCUUGGUGUUAGACAUUUCCAUAGUACUCUUCCAAAUGCUGGUGCAAGAUGGGAUGAUAAGCAGAUUCAAUCAAAUACAACGACGACAACAACAACAACAGCAGGUAGCAAUUAUCAUUUAAGUUUAAAAAGAUUUUAA